AUGUCUGACGAUGAACUUCCCGUGUAUAUAAUCCGCGAAUUCUCGUCAUUGUCGUCUUCUGGCGGCUACGAGUUUUUGGCUUCUGUUGCUAUUGCAGCCUUAGAAGAAGACAAUGCAUUUUCUUCUGCACACACACGACGAUAUAUUUGGAGAGAUCAGCACUCGGCUCAUGAAAGAUUGAUGUCCAUUUACUUUGUGGAUGAGCCGAUGUUUAAGGACGAUGUAUUUCGUACGAGAUAUCAUAUUAGAGGGUUCUCGGCAAUUCAAAAGUGCACGUGCACGCUACGACAACUAGCGUACGACAACCUCGCCGACAACUAUGAUGAAGGGUUGGCGUUCUCUACUAGAACCGCACAUGAUUGUCUAGACAACUUUUGCAUCGCCAUAAAGUAUCUUUAUGGUGAAGAGUAUUUGUGUUCUCCGACUAGCCACGAUGUUGCGUGUUUAUAUGAGCAAUCACCAUUGUUUAUUCCCAAAGUGAAUAAGAAGUCUCCUGAGUACGCGUUUGCCGUAAACGGUCACCGUUACAACAGAGGAUACGAUCUAGGGGAUGGUAUUUACCCACCUUGGUCUUGUUUUGUAAAGGCGUAUGCAUACCCGGUCUCGAGAAAGGAGAAGAUAAUGAAGAAACUCCAAGAGUCGGAGAGAAAAGACGUUGAUCAAGCAUUCAGGCUUUUGAAGAACAAGUGGGCUAUCAUCGAUCGACUGACAUGGAUGAGGGACAAAGAAAAGAUCACUAACGCGAUGUAUGUGUGUGUUACUUUACAUAACAUGAUACUCAAGGACGACGGCAACGCGAUAUCAUCGGUGUACAUCAUGGAUCCUCCUAACGAUCUUCGUGUUACCGACCCUAAUUUUCUCCAUCACUUACGUAACGAAGAGACACAUUACAUGUUACGUCGUGAUAUCACGGAGCACGUGGGAGAUCUAGAUAUCGAUGUUUAG